CAUCAGCAGCAGCAGCAUCAGCAGCAGCAGCAUCAGCAGCAGCAGCAUCAGCAGCAGCAGCAUCAGCAGCAGCAGCAUCAGCAGCAGCAGCAUCAGCAGCAGCAGCAUCAGCAGCAGCCUAACCAUAAACCCUCGUUGUAAACCCGAACCCAAACCCUAAAUCCUAACCCCAUACCCUAAACCCAACCCCUAACCCCAACCUCUAACCCAAAUCCCAAUCCUAAUCUCUAACCCUGACCCCGAACCCUACCCCUAAACUCGACCUUCUCACCCUAAAACUCAACCCCCACCCCACUCCCCUAUAACCACAAUGGGGUCUCAUGCGCUUUCCCCGCAUCUGCUGCCCUGCUUACUGCUGCAGCUGCUGCUGCUGCCGUGCCCCGCAUCGCCCUACAGCUACCGCGACUGCGACAUCCACAACAGCAGCGGCGUCUUGAAGGUGUUCUGCUACAACCACAACCUCAGCUCCAUCCCCGCAGGCCUGCCCAGGGACGCCAGCGAGCUCGACGUUUCGGGCAACCGCCUGUGGCAGGUGACGCGCGCCGACCUGGCGCAGCUGCCGAGCCUCCGCGUGCUCAACGCCACCCGCAACGAGGUCCGACGCGUCGAGCGCGACGCCUUCGCCGGCCUCGGCCUCCUGCGCGACCUCAACUUGGCGCACAACCGACUGGGGGGGGCCCUGACAGACGGAAUGCUGGGACAGGGACUCGUGGCGCUGCAGUACCUGCGCCUGGACUACAACCGCAUCACUUCCAUAUCGGCGACCGCCUUCUCCGACCUCCCCUCGCUCGUGUCGGUCAACCUCAGCGGCAACUCGCUGACCUCCCUCGACGCGGCCACGCUGCCCUUCGCCUCCUGCUGCCCGAUCCUGCGCGACCUCCUCCUCGCCGACAACCUUCUGCCCUCGCUGAUCGUCGGCGGCGGUGGCGGCGGCGCGCGGCCGCCGCCGCUGCCCCCGUCGCUGAGACUCCUGGACGUGUCGGGCAACCCGCUGGCGCUCGUGAACUUCACGGACGCGUCGGCGCGCAACCUCAGCGCGCUGCUGCUCCACCGCUGCCUGGCGCGGCCCCGCGUCGUCCUCGUGCCGCUGACUGACCCGCAGCGCCUCGGCGGCCUCCGCUUGCUGGGCCUCGGCCAUGGAACGGCGGCGGCCAUCGAGGGCAUGGCCGUGGGCUUCAUGCAGAGCCUUAGCGGCGUCGACCUGCACGCCGUGGAGUUGGACGGCAACGCGAUGGGCGCGUGGCUGACGGCGGCGGUGGUGUCGAAGCUGUGCGCCGCGUUCCCGGGCCUGCGCUCGCUCUCGCUCAGAGGCAACGGGCUCACGAGGCUGGGCAACGGCACCUUCAGGGGCUGCUCAAGGUUGUGCAUGGUGUACCUCCAGAGCAAUGGCAUGGAGGAGGUCGAGCACGGGGCGCUGGGUGGGCUACCGGCGCUGCGCGAGGUCUACCUGGGCGCCAACAGCCUCUCCACGUUCCCUGCCUCCGCGUUUGCCCCCCCGCUGCCCGCCCCCGGACUCACCGCUGCCAACGUCCUCAUCGGCGGCGACAGUGACAACGCCGUUGGCGACGUCGGCGGCGCUGGUAGCUGCGACGCCGCGAAUGCUAACGUCAGUGUCAGGAGCGGCGGCAGCGGUGUUGUCACCUUGGACCUCGGCUCCAAUUCGAUCUCCUUGCUCCAAGCCGGUGACCUCCGGUGGCUGCUGGAACUGAAUACCCUGAACCUUUCCAAGAACCAAAUCACCGAGGUGUCCUCGGGCUUCCUGCGUGGUCCCCGUCGCCUCCGGCACCUGCUCAUGUCCGCCAAUCGGCUCAUGAGCGUGGCCGGCAUCUUCCCCGAGGACCUGGGCCUCCUGGAGGCCCUCGACCUGCGCAGCAAUUACCUGUCCAAGCUGCCGGCGGGAAACUUCGCCAACCUCACCUCGCUCCUGUUGCUCAACGUCGCCGACAACCAGAUCGCGGAGGCGGAGGACGGCGCGUUCGACGGCCUCGCCGCCCUGGGCCGCCUCGACCUGGGCGGCAACAAGCUGGGCCUGCGGCCCCUGCGGCCGCGGGCGUUCGAGGGCCUCGUCAACCUCACGAACCUGGAGUUCAACAACAACUACCUGCACUACGCGUCCGCGGGCGCUGUCCGCAGCCCGCCGUUCGCGCCCCUCCGCAGCCUCACCCACCUCUUCCUCAACAGCCAGCGCAAAGACGGCAUGGUCAACUUCCCAUCCAACUUCCUGGAGGGCCUGGCCACCCUGCAAGAGCUCCACGCCGGGCAGCUCUACCUGUCGGCGCUGGACGCCGGCACGUUCCUGCCGACGCCCAACCUGCGCUACCUGGACUUGGGCUCCAACCCGCUGUGCGGCGUGGAGCCGGCGCUGCUGCGGCCAGUGCCGCUCCUCGACGAGCUGCACCUGCGCAGCGUCCGCCUGGACGACGUCACCUUCCUGUCCCGGCUCAACCUGAGCCUCCUGCGGGUGCUGCGCGUGAGCAACAACCGCAUCGGCGAGGCGUCCGCCGCCGACCUCGGGGCGCUGCCGCGCCUGCAGCUGCUCGAUGUCGUGGGCAAUCCCCUCUCCUGCGGCUGUGACAACGAGUGGCUGCGCGACUUCCUGCUCAACUCGAGCCACGUGCAAGCGCCGGGGCUGUGGCGCGUCCAUUGCGGGUUCCCGCUGUCCAGGCGCGGCGAGCUCUUCGUGCGUUUUGACGCGAGCCAGUGCCGCAACCGCUCCGGGCCGCUGCUCUUCGCCUGCUGCUCGUGCGCCGUCGCACUCGUCAUGCUCGCUGCCACCGUCUUCAGGUUCUGGCGCUGGCACCUGCUCUACGGGUACCACCUGCUCGCCGCGUGGUUUGGGGAGCACAAGAGGCGCACGCGGCCGCCCGGCGGCCCGAUACGCUACGACGCGUUCGUGUCCUACAACAGCGACGACGAGGAGUGGGUCAUGCGCCAGCUGCUACCGCAGCUCGAGGGCGCCGGCAUGCGCCUCUGUCUGCACCACCGCGACUUCGUGCCGGGCAAGGACAUCGUGGAGAACAUCAUGGAUGGCAUCUACGCGAGCCGGCGCAUGCUGUGCAUCGUGACGCGGAGCUACCUGCGCAGCGAGUGGUGCUCCAAGGAGCUGCAGGUGGCGGCGUUCCGUCUCUUCGAGGAGAACCAGGACGUCCUUGUGCUCCUCUUCCUCGAGCGCAUCCCUCACAACGAGCUGUCCGCCUACCUCCGCAUGCGCCGCACCAUCCGCUCGCGAACCUACAUCACCUGGCCCGGCGCCCGGGGAGACUCGUUCGCCCGGCGGGGCUGGCGGGGCCGCUCGGUGGCCCCCGCGGGGUCGGAGGGUGCCUGCAAGCUCUUCUGGCACCGCGUGGUCAGCGCGCUCGGGCCCGAGGACGAGGGGCACGGGGUCGCAGAGGAAGAGGGCCCGCUGGGGGCCCCACUGGUGCAUGCCUGCUGACCCGCUCACCGUGGCGAUGGUGACAAUGGUUGAGGGUGGUGUUGGUCACAAUGAUGGUGAUGCCUGCUCAAGGGUUCAUAAUGACAGUGUCCCAUAUCCACCCGCAUGCCCUCUCCCCACCGCCUGUUGCUUUUGUGAGAAUGUGGAGUUUAGCGCUGGGUGUAACAUCUUGUGGGUUCGUCCUCAACUCUUUACAUGGGCAGUGAUGUAGGUUCGCUACCGGAGCAGAGGGCGGGGCUGAUGUUAAGACAUGGCAAAUGGAGUGCUAGCUGCACGGGGCUAGUGGCUG